AUGUAUGCUUUUACCCACAAGCUGCUGUUGGAUGUAUGUUACUACCACAAGUUGCUGCUGGAUGUAUGCUGCUACCACAAGUUGCUGCUGGAUGUAUGCUACCACAAGCUGCUACUGGAUGUAUGCUACAACCACAAGUUGCUGCUGGAUGUAUGCUGCUACCACAAGCUGCUGUUGGAUGUAUGCUGCUACCACAAGUUGCUGCUGGAUGUAUGCUGCUACCACAAGCUGCUGUUGGAUGUAUGCUGCUACCACAAGCUGCUGCUGGAUGUAUUCAACUACCCACAAACAGUUGUCAGAUGUAUGCUGCUACCACAAGCUGCUGUUGGAUGUAUGCUGCUACCACAAGCUGCUUCUAGAUGUAUGUUACUAUCACAAGCUGCUGCUGGAUGUAUGCUACUACCACAAGCUGCUGUUGGAUGUAUGUUACUACCACAAGCUCGCACUGCAUGUUGCAAGUACUUUGGUGUGGGAACAGACUAG